GGCGUGUUCUGAUGUGCUGAAGAGCACAAACCUGGCAUAUAAACACAAAAAUGAGCAGUUAUCCUGCAGCACACUGAGCAACCUGAGGAAUUCAGCAUCUACUUAAAGAUACCACUGAGGUCUGAGUCCAAACAGAAGCCGCUGUCUGUACUCAUGGAAUGACUCCAAGACUCACUGCACUGCAACAUUUUGCAUUAACAGCACCUAUUGUAUCCGGAAGGCAUCUUAAAGGAUAACCCAAAGUUCUAAAUUCAACAUCCUCUGCCGUCAUGAAGCAGCUUUGUACACUGCUGCGCUGGGUCACAGUUGCCGGCUUGUUCCUGUGUUUGACCCAAGCUGUCUUCGUGGUCCUCCCCAAUGCCACAGGACUUGAAUCCAUCCUGGACAAGUACAAGGACACUGAUGACGAGUGGUGGAGGGUCAGGACAAGAGGAAAGAGGGCUAUAAGUGAGGGGGACAUGCAGCUCAUUCUGGAUCUGCACAACAAGCUGCGGGGUCAAGUUCACCCCCCUGCCUCCAACAUGGAAUACAUGAUGUGGGACUAUGAGCUCGAGCGGAGUGCAGAGCAUUGGGCUUACACCUGCAGAUGGGAACACGGACCAAGCUACAUGUUGACACAAAUAGGACAAAACCUUGGAGCCCACUGGGGAAGGGACCGACCUCCUACGUUCCAUGUCCAGGCCUGGUAUGAUGAGGUGAGGUACUACACUUACCCGUACUCACAGGAGUGUAACCCCCACUGCCCGUUCCGGUGUUCAGGACCUGUCUGCACUCACUACACUCAGUUGGUGUGGGCCACAAGCAAUCGCAUCGGCUGUGCCAUCAAUGUGUGCUACAACAUGAAUGUGUGGGGGAUGAUCUGGGCAAAAGCUGUCUAUCUGGUCUGCAACUACUCUCCACCAGGGAAUUGGUGGGGUCAUGCUCCAUAUAAAUAUGGCUCGCCGUGCUCUGCCUGUCCAGCCAGCUAUGCCGGAGGGUGCAGAGACAAUCUUUGCUACAAAGAUGAUGGAGUUGAGAGACGACUGGCUCCUGAGGUCGAGGAGACAAAUUACAUUGAACCUGAACCAGACACGCUGAGGGUCAGAGAGCCUCGCCCAAAAGUCGAGUCACUUAACCCCUCAACCAAUGACAACCUCGAGAGCAACCAGGUCAUCAGCACGGAGCAGAUGUGUCAGCAGGUUGACUGUGAGACUAAACUGAGAGAUCAGUGCAAGGGAACAACGUGUAACAGAUAUGAGUGUCCACCGGGCUGCCUGGACAGGCCUGGAAAAGUAGUUGGGACUGGAUAUUAUGACAUGCAGUCCAGCGUAUGUAGAGCUGGGAUACACUCUGGUGUUAUUGACAAUGAUGGAGGAUGGCUGGAUGUGACCAGACUGGGCAGAAAACAACAGUUCACCAAAUCAUACAAGAACGGUAUUCAAUCAAUUGGGAAAAGCAGGAGUGCAAAUUCCUUCAAAGUUGACACGGUGCCUGUCAAAGCAGUAAGAUGUGACACCACCGUGGCACUUUUCUGUCCUUUCAAGAAACCUGUAAGGCACUGUCCCAGGUUAUAUUGUCCCAAGAACUGUCUAUAUGACAGUCAGCCACGAGUAUUUGGGACAAAGUUUUACUCAGAUCAAUCCAGUAUCUGCAGAGCAGCCAUUCAUGCUGGAGUGAUCCAGAACGAGUCCGGAGGUUACCUUGAUGUGAUGCCAGUGGACAAGAGGAGACAGUACAGUGGAAGUUACCAGAACAGCAUCACAUCUGAGAGCUUAUCAAACCCAACAGGAGGAAAUGCCUUCAGAGUUUUUGCCGUCAUCUGAAGAGGAAGAACUUUCACAGGACAGACCCAGUCUUUAUCAUCAUGUAAUCAUUCACACAGGAAAAGAUUCCGCUUCACACGUCACCUCCAACAGUAGCACUGCUGCAUGACCAAGUUAUGUGCCAUGAGACUGAAGAACAUCUUUGGAUAUGUUUUUGCCUUAUUAUGUCUUCGUUCAUUUCUUACAACUGCUCUUAUCACAUUCAGGCUGAUUUGAAUCUUCACAAGACUUACUGUUUUUGUUUGUUUGUUUCAUAUUUAUCACCACAACUUCACCCAGUCAUUUCACAGUGAGAUGUAACAAUAAUGUGAAAUGUAAGAUUCAGUCUUUAUUUAUAUUUUACCCAUAAUUAUAGUGAGAAGGUUGAUGAUGUGAGACUUAAUUGUAAACAUAACCUCCUCGAUCAGGGUAAUGGACAACUAAAUUAAACUAAAGGGGCA